CAUAGGUACAGCUGGUCGAAAAUAAGAUACUGAGUAUUUGUAUCUGACAAGAAAAUUGUUAAAUGUUGUAUCAUUUAGCUUUUAGUACGCCAAAUACUUUACAUGUACAUGCCAUCGCCCUCCUUAGAAAAAAUAAAGAGAGCAAAGGUCUGCAAAGGUCAGAGGUGAACGUGACGUCAGUGCCAACAUGGCGGUUUCGAGAUUGGAAAUCAACUUUCGUCGACUUUUAGGUCGCUGUGAAGAAAUGGCAGCAGAAAGGAGGGCUGGUGACUGGCGAUUAGAAAAGUAUGUAGAAGCACUUCAAGGACAACUCAGUGAGCUGAACAAUCUACCAAGUCCAGGGAAACCUGCCACAGACAUCCUGAAAGAGUACAACAAGAAAGUGGAGUUUUUAAAGAAGUAUAUUGAGGCAGAGAAAUUAGAAUCUCCUAGUGAACGAGUCCUGGCCACAGAGCUGAUGAAGCCAGGCCAGCCCUGCCUGGAGCACUACAGCCCCGCCUCCUCACAGCUGUCCAAUAGGAAGGCUCGAGAGCUCCACGCCAGGGCCAGAUCUCGCUACCAGAAGGACAUGAGGGAAGAACUUCUGGGGAAGAUACACCAGAUGCAUCAGGUUCAAGGUGGAGCAGGUGAGCAGCCCAUUUUUAAAAGAAACUCUAAGGGAGGGGAGGAGCCAGAAGAGGACCUGGACACCGUGUUACAGAGACACCAGGACAUGCAGGCCAAGAUAGCAGAGGAGAUGCUGACACUAGCCAGGAGUCUGAAGCACAACCAGCUGGCUGCACAGAACAUCAUCAGGGAGGACACCAAGGUAUUGGAGAAAUCAUCCAAGUUAGCGGAGGGGAACUAUGAUCGUCUGAAGGUGGAGACAGACAGGCUAGAACAGCAUGUGAAACGGUCGUGUAACUGGACCAUGUGGACCAUGCUGUCCAUCGUCUGUAUCAUCUUCCUCUUCAUGAUCCUCUUCAUCAGGCUGUUCCCCAAACCCAGAUGACCUCUGCACUGCAUUAUGGGUCCAGUAGGAUUGCCUGGGCUUAGGGUAAAAUUUGUUAAAUCUUUUCCACACAUCUUAUCUAUAAACACUUCCAGUGUAAAUGUAACAUCAGCUUCAACUUUGCAAUGUUGCCAAAUACAGAUGAAGAAAGGAAUAAGUAAGUAUAUGAUUGUUGGUUGGAUAGUAGUUUAAUGUAUGCAAAAGAGAGAACAGUGCUUGUCAGUGUAUAUUGACCACCUGCCUGCAAUGAAGAGUUUCGAGGAAAGAAACAUAGAUGGUCGAUAAAGAUGCAGAAGGUUAUGAUUUUGCAUAUGGAAAACAUACAAGGCUUAAUGCCUAUUAUGGUAUCAUGUAUGAUGUGUGUAUCAUAUAGUAAAGGUACAAAAUUUAUUUAGAGCAGAACGUCAUCUACUAAUAAAUAAUAUAUGGAAAUAUCCCUGUUUCUUGUGUAGUAUUUUACAGAAUCUCAUAUUCUAUGUAAUGAUAAAAAUUUGCAGCUUGCAAUAUUAUAUGUAGGCCCAGAGGACAUUGGGUUGGCAUUUAGUGGGUGAGUUAGUAUGUAAAGGUUGGUUGGUGGUAGGAGUUUGGUUGGGAUGGGAUGGGUUGAGAUGGAAUGGGUCGAGUUGGUUGAUUGCUUGCUUACUUGGAUGCCUGGCUGAUUUCUUGGUUGGUGAGCAAGUGUGGCCCUUCCUUAGAUGUGUAUGUCAAGGUUUGCUGUCCAAUACCAACAGUGAAGGUACAAUCUUUUGAGUACACUCUGUCCAUUACUGGUACUUUCUCUGUCUGUCUGUCUCUCUCUCUUUCUGUCUUGCGCGUGCACUCGCCCAAAUGUUCAGUAUGUACCCUCAAAACAGAUGAAGGGUUUUGACACCAACUUGAACCUUACAUGAACCAACCUGAGAAGUUGCUGAGCCUCCCAGUUUGAGUUGAUGACAUGUCACACACAAUCAUCGUCCCAGGUUCUGUGUAGUAUCAGGGGAUCGGCAACUCUCCAGCAGUGUCAGGACUGAAGAAACAAACCACCAAACUUACAGCUGCUUUUUGCCAAUGUUAGACAUUUUAGAUUGCUUUUAAAGUUUUAAACCAUUUAUAAUUCCUUAAAGGCAACAUACUGGUAUAAAAAAGAUUGACCUCUUGUCUUAGAGUCAGUUCAAUUCACUGAUUUUACACCUUUCCCUCCCCCAGUCUCCCAGUUGUUAAUCUAUGCACAAG